AUGAUGAAUUCACCUGUACUACUAAAACUGGUUUUGGCGAUUGUUGUGGCCUCGGUGGGCUGGCGAUUUUUAUCGGAUAGAUUGUAUUCGAAACAUCGGGUUGAGAUCGGUGGACACGUGGAUCCACGAUUUGCGGCGGUCCGUGACGUGUUUUUGUGAGUUUUUUUUCUGGAAAAUUUAAAGGCACAGGCUGCUUGUCAAUUUGAAAAGCUAACGAUUUUUCCAAAAAUAUCAAAGGCACUUGAUAAAUCAUGAGCUUUUUCCAAAAAUAAUCGAUUUUGAAAAAUUGUGAGAAAAUUUGAAAUUUAUCGAUUUCUAGUUCAUUUUUUGAAAAAUUUGAUUUUUAGCGUGAGUUAUGACUUUGCAAAAAUCGAAUUUUUCACAAAAAUAUCGAUUUUUGUUUUCCAUGAUUAAAUUAUUCCUACCAGGUUUUUUUGUUGGUUUCCAGGGGAAACCAAGGAAAAUUUCUGAAUAAGCAAAAAUUCCAGAAUUUUGAGGAAAAUUCGAAAAAUUCCUAUUUUUUCUCGAAAUCUGCUGAAAAAUUGAGCUUUUCUCGAUAAAAAUUGAUUUUUCUCACGAGCUUUUCUAUUUUUCAAACAAAGAAAAUCCUGAAUUUAAUUUCAGGAAUUCGAAGAAUUUUUUGUUUUUCCCCGGAAAACCAAAACAAAAUAUUUUGCGAAAAAACAAUAAUUUUUCACAUAUUUUUGGAAAACUUUUGAUUUUUGGGCUCAAAAAAUGGAAAAUUGCUCAUAUUAGACCAAAAAUCCCUAAAUCUUCCAGAAAAAACUUUGAAAAUGGCUGGGAAAUCGAAGGAUCGGCGUUCGCAGUUUAUCUGGACGGAAAACGUGUUGUCGACCUAUGGGGAGGCUACGCGGAUAAACAGGCGGCCCGAAAAUGGGCCGAAGAUACGAUCACAGUGACAUUUUCGACGACAAAAGCGGUAUCAGCCCUCGCAGUGGCGCUUUUAUAUGAAAGGGGCCAACUGGACUACAAUGAUACGGUGGCCAAGUUUUGGCCUGGUUUUGGAAAACAUGGCCGGGGAAAUGUGACGAUUAAUCAAGCUUUAUCACAUAUGAGUGGAAUGGCUUGGUUGGAUACACCGAUUACGGAGGAAAUUGCGGCGGAUCAUGAGAGGAUUCGAGAGAUUUUUGAGAAUGAACCACCGAAAUGGGCGCCUGGGACUAAGGCUGGGUAAGAGAAUUUAAAAUUUGCGAUUUUUGGAGUCCAAACAAGCCUAGGCUCGAAAAUUCCACGAUUUUUUGAGUCCAAAUAAGCCUGCGCUUGAGAAAUUCCACGAUUUUUCAGUCCAAACAAGCCUUGGGCCUUUUAGUCCUAAAAAUGUUGAUUUUUUGAGUCCGAAUAAGCCUACGCGUGAGAAAUUCCACGUUUUUUGAAAUUCUAUUCAGCCUAGGGCCUUUUCGGGCUGGAAUUUUCGAUUUUUUGAGUCCAAACAAGCCCAGGCUUGAGAAAUUUCACGUUUUUUUGAGCCUAGAGCCUUUUCGGCCCAAAAAUGUUGAUUUUUUGAGCCCGAAUAAGCCUAGGCUCGAAAAUUCCACGAUUUUAGAGUCCGAAUAAGCCUAUGCUCCAGAAUUCCACGUUUUUCGACACCAAAAAGUUCAAAUUUUGAAAAAUUUCCGUGGUGGCCUAGAAAUCCUGCAAAACCUCGGCCACCAGUCGCGAAAACUGCGAAUUUCAAAUUUUCUUUGCAGCUACCACGCCUACACUUACGGUUGGAUUUUGGAUCAAAUUGUUCGUCACGUCGACGUGCAGAAACGUGGAAUUGGACAGUUUUUCCGCGAAGAAAUUGCCGCGAAAACAGGUGGGUACUUUAGUUUUUGGUGGGAAAAAAUCUGGAAAAUUUUAUGGAUUUUGAGCCAAACAUCGAGAAAUUUGGAGCAUUGCUCAUAUUAGUCCAUAAUUUUCGGGUUUGGUUGAAAAUUCAUCAAGCCAAAACCUACAGUAACCCUGGACAAUUCAAUUUUUUCGCUUCAGGAGUCGAUUAUCAUAUUGGUCUACCGAAAAGUGAGCAACAUCGAGUUGCUCGAAUGUCGGUUCCAAGUAUGGCGAAUCGAUUGGAUGAAAUGUGGUACGAUACAAGAGUGCUCAAAUAUUUGGGAUCACUUUUCAAGUUGAUGAAGGUAUGAUUGGGAGUACUGUAGAUUUUUCGCUUCGGGACCCAAAAUGGCGUAUUUUGACACCAAAUACGACUAUUUUUGGGUCCCGAAGCGAUAUUUGUUCCGUUGAAAAACGAAAGAAAAUAAAUAAUAAAUCAAUUUUUCCGGCUCAAAGUUUUUUAUCAAAAAAAAUUGAUAAAAAUUUUUGAGUCGAAAAAGUCGAAAAAUUUGAUAAAAAACUAUUUUUAAAAGGGAUUUUUGGCGGCGAAAUUCAAAAAUUCAAAUUUUUCAGGAUCACCCCCUGUCAAAAAGUUGUCAAAAAUCCAUCGUGGUUGGAAGCGGUUUCGAGAUGUACAAUCAAUAAUCCGGAUUAUCAUAGGUAGGCGAAAUUUUGCAAAAAUUGAGUUUUUUGAUGUAUUUUUGACUGAAUUUGGUCAACAACAUGAGCAACGCUCAAAAUUUGAAGCUUAAAUUCAAUUUUCAAAAGAAAAAAGUAUUUUUUUUGAAAAUUCAAAUUUUGGUGCAAAAAUCAAAUCCAGACUUGUGGGAUAUCAAAAAUCCUCAAAUUUCAUGAAAAACUUGAAAUUUAACAUGAGCAAUGCUCAAAAAUUGUCAUUUCCCAUCAUUAUUGGUAUCAAUUCGCAUUUUCGACAUUUUUAGGCGUUGUUCAUGUUAGCCUCGAAAUUUCGACAAAAAUGGAGUAUUGCUCAUGUUAGUCAAUUUUUGACCCCUGAAAAAUUCGAAAAUUUGCAAUUUUUAAAUGAAAAAUUCAAGAAUUGCUCAUGAUAGCUCAAAAUUAUCCAAAUUUCUCGAUUUUUGGCUCAAAAUUCAAACAUUACUCAUGUUAGCCUCAAAAAUCUCGAAUUUUUUCCAGAUUGGAGCAAUCUGCAGCUCUCGGAAUCGGAAAUGCUCGAAGUUUGGCGGGACUUUUUGAUCAGGUGAUUCGCGGAAAAUUGGUGAGCCAAAAGACGCUUCAAGUUAUCUCAAGUCCAUUUGUCAACAAUACGGAUUUCAUUUUUGACGACCACGUGGCAAAAGGACACGGUUUCUUCUAUUUGCCGAUUCAAAGAGCUGGUGUGAGUUGGGAGGGAGUACUGUAGAUUUUUCGCUUCGGGACCCAAAAUGACGCAUUUUGAUACCAAACAUGACUAUUUUCGCCCAUGCGCCUUUAAAAUUACUGUAGGUCGCUUCGAGACCCAUCCUUUAAAGGAACUUACAGUACUUUUUAGCUUCAGGACCCAAAAAUCACCGUGUUUGGUGUCCAAAUGCACCAUUUUGGGUCCCGCAGCGAAAAAUCUACAGUAACCCGCAAAAAAAUUUAAUUUACAGACAGAAUACGGGUUUGGUCACACCGGUCACGGAUGUCAGAUGAUAAUUACGGAUCUCAAAAAUAAGCUGACAAUUGCCUACGUCACAAAUGGUCUCAAAACGGGAUUGUACGAUUUGUGCAGGUACGGUAGCGCGCGCGAAAAUUGAAAAAUUCAAAUUUUUGAUGAAUUUUAAUCCAAAAAUCAUGAAAAUUGGACUAAAAUGAGCAUUGCUCAUGUUAAACUCAUUAAUUACCUAAUUAAUUAAUUACAGAACAUAUUCCCGCCUUCAAAAUUCGGUGUAUGAUGUUGUCGAAAAGCUGGAACUUAAUUAA